AUGGACGACAUAGCAGUAUACUGCUCAUGGGCGGAUUCGUACCUCAAUGAAGAGCCCUCCUUGGUUGAGAGGGUACCGACAGAGCUGCGGUCCGUAUUGUCUCAAUCUACAGGCUCUCAAUAUUUAGAGUCGCUGGCACGCGCAACCCGCUCGAUCCAGCACGCAGACACCCUUUUCCCGCUUUACAAGGGCGUGUAUCCCGAAUUGGUAUCGAGGUGGAUCGACUCGUCUUCGUCCGACUUCAAUGAAGCGAUCCUCGCAGUUUCAUGUCUGGCUAGGAUCUUGCCCUUCGCGGGAUACCUCCGCCACUAUGUGCCGCUUCUCCUGCAGUCAGAACCGAUGCAGAGUCAUGUUAUGGUUGUGGAAGGCCGCUCCUCCGAACUGACUGAGGAGAGGCUUCACAUGCUUCUACUCGCUUUAUUCCGGCUUCUGUCUUUUGAUUCGGAGAUCCUUGCUGAGAGCUCUUCUCCUAUGUUCUUCUCCUCCUUCCUCCACCAUCAUUCUCUUCCACUGCGGUAUUUGGCUAUACAAUGUCUAUGCGUGGUUAUGCACUUGGCGGACGCUCUCUCUGAGCAGCUGGUUCAGUCCUACGUGGGCAAGGGCCCAAUUUGGGGACACUGGGAAGGACAGAGAACUGAUUACCGGUUGCUCAAGCUCUGGGAGGAGAGGAGGUGGAGGGACGUCUCUGGAGAGGUGAAGAAUGUUGAGGAGCACUGGCGAGUGGCCUCUGCUUCAUCAUGGAAACGGAAGUUCAGCACUGACAGUCUUUCUCCGCGAACAGCCGACGUUGGCGGGGUCCUUCUUGCCCGCAAUGCUGCCUUGGAGGACUCAUCGGCAUCCCGUUUCGUUCUAACCCCUACAGCGACGCGCAAUUUGAACCGGCUUGCCAGCUGCCUGUUGGAUCGUCGUCCGGUGUUGGUCUGUGGGUCGGCGGGAUCGAGCAAGACCUCGCUUGUUCAUGAAGCUGGCAGACUCCUCAACAAGCUCUCAUCUAUGGUUACUCUGCAUAUCAAUGAGCAGACAGAUGCCAAGAGCUUGCUGGGAGUGUACACGUCGUCUUCAAAUGGCAACUCCUUUACUUGGAAACCGGGUGUUUUGACCAAAGCGAUCCAACAGGGCAGGUGGGUAUUAAUCGAAGAUAUUGACCGUGCCCCUGCUGAAGUCAUGGGGGUACUUCGUCCAAUUCUUGAGAAUGGUGAGUUGUUCCUCCCAAACCGGAAGGAGAAGAUUCACCCAAGGUACGGCUUCCGCAUACUUGCGACACUGAAGACGGCCAGCCGUUCUCCGAUUCCUGCGAGUUCGCGUCACUCCUGGCUUCUGAGCCCUCGAUUAUGGUCUACAGUCAAUAUCAUGGACUACGAGAUGUCAGAAAUUGAAUCAUUGCUCCGCUUGCGAUAUCCAGGCGCGGUCGUCUUCAUUCCCACAAUUUUACGAGUUCACAGUCGUCUUUGUGAUCUCUACCGAGAUGAGCACUCUCUCAAAGCUUUGCAAACCAGGACACCCUCUCUGCGGGACUUACUGAAGUGGUCGCGAAGGGUGGAUAAGCGGCUUCGGGAUCAUUCAUCGACAUCGCCGUCAGCAGGCCUACCAGAAUCUGUGAACCUUCACAUUUUCAGUGACGCUGUCGACUGCUAUGCCGGCUACCUGAAUGAUGACAGCACCCAUGAUUUGGUUGCUGCUUGCAUUGCCCGAGAAAUGGGCAUAUCGCCACAACAGAUGCGGCAUUGCUUAGACGAAGCUUUGACAACUAUCACGGAGACGAGCUCAGAAAUUAUCAUCGGUCGAAGCACGCUAAAGCGGGUCUCCCACCACCGUCGCCCGGCGAGCAAGGCCCCGUUUGCCCUUACCAGGCACGCUCAGAGAACACUCAGCCGCAUUUCUGCGGGAGCAAGCCGUGCUGAGCCAUGCCUACUAGUGGGCGAGACGGGUGUUGGGAAAACCACUUUGAUACAGUAUGUCGCGGGACUUGUUGGGCAAACCCUAACCGUGGUGAAUCUUUCGCAGCAAAGUGAGUCAAGCGACUUGCUUGGUGGCUUGAAACCGGUCACCACCAGAUCUCUAAUGCUCCCAUUGCUGGAGAAGUUCAAUGUACUGUUUGAUGACACGUUCUCGACGAAACGGAACGAGAAAUUUCAGGUGGCGGUUUCUAAAUCGAUUGCAAGGCAAAACUGGCAAAGGUUGAUUAUCUUAUGGAGCGAAGCUGUACAAAUGGCAGAGGCAUCAUUGAGUGGCACGUCUGGAGCCUCUAUGACACCCGGGUCCGUCCAUGCCACCAAGAGACGAAAGCUGGCUGCCCCGAAAUAUGAGGCCUUGCGCGAAAGGUGGUCCGACUUUGCUGAAAGCCUGAACAGAAUCCGUGCGCAGGUUGACCAUGGAAAUAAAAAUCAGACAUUUGCUUUCGUUGAAGGACGGUUAGUACAAGCUGUCCGCGACGGCGAGUGGGUUCUCCUGGAUGAAAUCAACCUAGCGUCCCCUGACACUCUGGACCACAUCGUAAGUCUUCUAAACAAUGGCGAUGAUGACAAGCCAACCCUUCUUCUCACCGAAGCCGGCAACAUUGAAUCCAUUGUUGCUCAUCCGAACUUUCGCAUCUUUGCCGCAAUGAACCCGGCAACAGAUGCUGGGAAGAAGGACCUUGCACCAGGCUUACGAUCUCGUUUCACCGAAAUCUAUGUACCUUCUGGUGAUAGCGAUGUCGAUGACCUUACAAGGAUUAUCCGCGUUUAUCUAGGAACGAAACUGGAUAACGACAAACGCGCUGCUCUCGAUCUCGCAAAUGCCUAUCUUGACCUCAAGAAGCUUAAUCACGAGAACAAGUUGACUGACGGAGCGGGCGAUAUUCCACACUUCAGCAUUCGCUCGCUUGUUCGCUGCCUUUUGUACGUUUCGCAACAUAGUGCCAGCCAUGGUCUUCGACGUGCUAUGUAUGAAGGUUUUGCAAUGAGCUUUUUCACGGUGCUGAGCAGGGUUUCCGAGAAUUUGGCCCUUCCGAUCCUGGAGAAGCACUUGCUAUCCAAUGUCAAAAAUAAGAAAUCCUUCCUUGGCCAACAACCGAAACUGCCAUACGACGCAGACGAGUACGUGUCUUUCCGCCAUCAUUUAGUCAAGAAAGGGCCCAUGAGCCCUGACCUUCAGCCACAUUACAUCCGUACACCAUCGGUGGAACGCAAUCUGCUCAAUCUUGCUCGAGCUGCCUCUAUGCGACGCUUCCCCAUCCUCCUUCAAGGCCCAACUUCCGCUGGCAAGACUAGCAUGGUGGAAUACCUGGCGAAGCUGUCUGGUAACAAAUUUGUGAGGAUCAAUAACCACGAACACACCGAUCUGCAGGAAUACCUUGGAAGCUAUGAUUCAGGUGCCGAUGGAAAGCUCGUGUACCGAGAAGGCGUCCUGGUAGAUGCGCUCCGCCAAGGUCACUGGAUAGUCCUCGACGAAUUAAACCUUGCCCCAAGCGACGUUUUAGAGGCGCUCAACCGCUUGCUCGAUGAUAACAGGGAAUUACUGAUACCAGAAUCCCAGGAGAUCGUCCGACCACAUCCCAAUUUCAUGCUCUUUGCCACGCAGAACCCUGCUGGGCUUUAUGGAGGAAGAAAAAGACUGUCUCGGGCGUUCAGAAACCGCUUCUUGGAGCUUCAUUUCGACGAUAUCCCUGAGGAUGAAUUGGAGAUCAUCCUCAGGGAACGUGCACAGCUCGCACCUUCUUUUUGCAGUCAAAUUGUUGCCGUAUACAAACGGCUGUCAUUGCAGAGACAGUCGACGAGAUUGUUCGAACAGCGGAAUAGCUUUGCUACCUUGCGUGAUCUGUUCCGAUGGGCCGCACGGCCUAUGAAUGAUCGACAACAGUUGGCAAAUCAUGGAUUCAUGCUUCUGGGGGAACGGGUAAGAGAUCCUGCUGAGCGCGCUGUUGUCAAGAGAACCAUUGAAGAAACCAUGAAAGUGGUUAUUGAUGAGAACUCGUUGUAUGGUCCAUCAGCAAUACCGCAACCCCUGCAGAGCCCCGGGACUAUUGUCUGGACCUCUGCGAUGAGACGACUCUUCGUCCUGGUCUCCGAGGCGCUCAAGAACAAUGAGCCUGUUCUUUUGGUUGGGGAGACUGGUUGUGGGAAGACUCAAAUCUGCCAGGUGGUGAGCGAAGCAUUUGGACGACCUCUCCGCAUUUACAAUGCACACACGAACACCGAAACCAGUGAUCUAAUAGGUUCACAACGGCCUGUUCGCAAUCGCUCCGAAUUGGAAAAUAGGGUGCGAGAAAAUUGGGGUUCUUUGGUCUCAGCAGGCACCAGUAACUCAUUGAACGAGGAUCUCAGUAUGGAGCAGCUCACAGCAGAAUUUGCCAGGAUGGACACCUCAAAUCUGGACCCAGACAUUGUGCAGCGGACCAAAUCCAGUAUCGCAGCUUACCAGUCCCUCUUUACUUGGUCUGAUGGCAGCCUCGUGAGGGCCAUGAAGGCUGGUGAGCAUUUCUUGCUCGACGAAAUCUCGCUGGCUGAUGAUUCCGUACUCGAACGCUUGAACAGCGCACUGGAGCCUUCGCGGACGAUUUUACUUGCGGAAAAAGGAUCGGUGGAUAACCUCGUCACUGCGCAACCGACCUUCCAGUUCUUGGCCACCAUGAAUCCCGGAGGUGAUUAUGGGAAACGGGAAUUGUCAGCGGCACUCCGUAACCGCUUAACAGAGAUCUGGGUCCCUCCUUUGUCAAAUGAAGCGGACAUAAUACCCAUUGUUCAAAACAAGCUAAGUGUGCAGAGAAAGCACCUUGCCCCUGCAAUGCUUGACUUCGCUAUGUGGUUCCGGAGAAACUUCCACAACACUACGUCCACGGCCGUCCCGUUACGCGAUCUCCUGGCUUGGGCGGGUUUCAUCAAUCACACUGCCUUUUUGGAAGAGAGCAUAGCUUUCACUCAGGGCGCCUUCAUGGUGUAUGUGGAUUCUAUAGGCGCAAAUCCAGCGGGCAUGACAGCAACAGGCUCUGCAGAUCUCUAUGAAGCAAGACGGCGAUGUCUGGAACAUCUCCAAACUCUUGUCAAAAUUGAUGUCUAUUCAAAUUAUCAGGAGACGCCGGAGCUGAAUAUCACCACCCAAGGUCUUUACGUGGGACCGUACCUACUCCCUUGCGCUGAGAUCCAAUCCCGACAAGAGCCAGACCUUGUGUUUGGCGCGCCAACAACUCUACAAAAUACCAUGAGGAUUGUUCGUGCACUGCAGAUGCCCAGGCCAAUUCUCCUAGAAGGAAGUCCUGGUGUUGGCAAGACCGCCAUCGUCACAGCUCUUGCUCGAGCUUCGGGGAAGCAAUUUACCCGGAUUAACUUGUCGGACCAGACUGACUUGAUGGAUCUGUUCGGGGCGGAUACGCCUGCUGAGAAUGAGAAACUCGGGAACUUUUCAUGGCAGAACGGCCCGCUCCUGGACGCGAUGCAAAAUGGGGGUUGGGUCCUUUUGGAUGAGAUGAACCUGGCGUCUCAGUCUGUUUUGGAAGGUCUCAACUCUUGCCUGGAUCACCGGCGAGAAGUUUAUAUUGCUGAGCUGGACAAGUCUUUCACAUGCCAUCCCGAAUUCACCUUGUUCGCUGCCCAAAAUCCUCAUCAUCAGGGUGGGGGGCGUAAAGGUCUUCCAGCGUCAUUCGUCAAUCGUUUCACAGUCGUCUACGCGGACUCUUUCCGAAAGGAGGAUUUGAUGCUGAUUUGCCAGCACAAGUAUUCAAAUAUCCCGGUUGAUCAACUGGGCUUGGUGAUAAACUCGAUUUACGAACUUGAGCGUGCAAUCUCACGUGUCCCAGCCUUCGGUCUUGGAGGGCCAUGGGAAUUCAAUCUUCGGGACGUUGACCGCUGGCUUACUUUAUGCGAAGGCCAGCCAACGCUUUCUCCUUUGUAUCACUUCCGCACUAUUGCAGUGCAACGAUUCCGAACUGCUGCUCAGAAGGAACACGUUUUGGCAUUAUUACCCGCAAAUCUCUCCGCUCCGCCUCCUGAGAGCUUCUACAGCGACUUAGCCACAACAGCUUUACAGCUUGGGACUUCUACUCUUGCAAGAAACGAGAUCUUACAGCAGACAAAGGCACAUAACCUUGCACUACCGGUUGCACAUUUGCCCGCGGCCAAAUCCAUUAUCACUGCUAUCAAUAAGAGAUGGCCUGUGAUUCUUGCCGGGCCAUCUGGCUCCGGGAAAACCUCCGUCAUUCGGUUCCUUGCCGCUAUAUCUGGCGCUGAACUCGUGGAAUUUUCCAUGAACGCGGACGUGGACACACUCGACCUUGUGGGCGGGUUUGAGCAAUAUGAUGCCCGUCGCGACAUUGUUGUCUGCCAGAGGAAGGCCAAAGAGGCUAUUCGACAUGACCUUGCCAACGCCUUGAGAGAUUCCAGGCCAACAACAGUCAAGGCCCAGCUGUUAGAGCUAUGGGACAGGUUACAGUCUGAAGACAUGGACGCCUCGGCCCUUCAACGAAUAUUGUCCUCUGCUUGUGAGACCCUUCCAGAACUUACAGAUGUUGUGGCCAGUCUGUCAGAUCUGCUUGAUUUUGCUGAUGCCUCCUACUCGCGCUUUGUUUGGAACGACGGCAUUCUCGUUGACGCCGUAGAGCGAGGUUCUUGGCUCGUUCUCGACAAUGCCAAUCUUUGCAACCCGUCUGUUCUCGACCGGCUCAACUCACUUCUAGAACCAGAUGGCACGCUUUCUGUCAGCGAGCAGCACAAUACUGGCAGUAACGCUAGAGUGAUCAUACCACAUAAGGACUUCCGAAUCUUCCUCACUCUCGAUCCACAAUAUGGAGAACUCUCACGGGCGAUGCGAAAUCGGUCGUUGGAGGUCUACGUGGGCAAUGUACCAGAAGAGCAAGUUGACACACCAGCCAUUCAAUACCCCUACACGUCAUCUGUCGCUCGCCUGCGAUACAUGCAUGAAGCAUCCUGCGAAGUGUACUCAGAAGAGGCAGUUGUUGAGUCUUUCGUGGACAAUUUAUCAUUGGAAGAGAUGGCUUUAGCAGUGGAAAGUGUGAAUGACCUGCCCGUUGGUGCAGCUUCUCCCAUACUUGCAAUGGAGCUCAGCAAGAGGUCAGCACUUGAUGAAAAGGUCCUGCCCCAAUUUGUUCCAGUUGAUGUUCUGGCUUCCACUCGACUUCCUCAGUUGAUUACGCUAAACGAACCAUGGAUUCUUCUUGAUGGGCUGCGUGGCAUUGACUUUUUGCGCCACGUGCCUAUUGAUGUUCUCACUCGAGGCUGGUACGUCUGUCGCCGUGCAGAGGAUAUCCGCGCGAAACUGAGGGAUGCCUGCUCCACGCGUCUGGCCAUACCUCUUAAAGAGCAGACAGUUCUUCAGAAAUCGACAGCUCUCACUCACGACAAGAAACGCCUGGAUACAGUUCCUCAGAUUGCCACGUUUGCCAAUUCUCUCCUUACAGAAUUGUCGUCGAGCGUGAAGAGUGGUCCUAGUGCCAGCCUUGAUGCACAAUCGGUAGAGGCCAUCGAAUGUAUGCUUCUCUUCGCCCAAGAUCUGGUGGACAGAUCUAACACGGAGUCCUUGGACACUGCAUUGAUGCAUGCGUAUUUACAGAUCGGCUUCAGCCUCGCUCGUUCACUGCAGGUCAACUUUAAAGAAUUGGCAAGGAUAUUCUCGAAGUGUUUGCAAAUCCUUUCCCUGCAUGCGGGCGGGCUCAGGACCGGCUUGAGCCUGCAGCUCAUGUGGCAGCCUUUCCAACCCAAGACCGCAAAAUCCAUGUCACAGCUUGAAACGCAACUGGGCCUAGAAGAGUUGAUCCUCAGGUUCGACAAACUAUGUCGCUAUCUUCCCGAUUCCAGGGCCACAUUAUCGGCCCUGAGGUCCAAGUUACAGGCCACCUAUACUUCAAUCGUGGAAUCCGACCACCCGGACACAUCUAUCACGGCUUUGCAAGGGGCAGUUGCAAUGCUUGAAGAGCAGUCACAGAGAGGCUUCUUCCUGCAAGGCAAACUUGAGAAGGUGCUCAACUAUAUUUAUCAGGUGUUGAAGUUACAAAGUGGGCAGACUGACUCCGGGACUUUGAGCAUUCUGGAGAUGUUCGUACCAGAAUCAAAGAGGAAGCUGCUUACCAUUGGAGACGACAUGUCAGUGACUGCUUCGCUGUCCGAGAUCGCCUCGUUGGAUGCUUCCGUUGUGACCGAUCAUGGACGCGUUGGGCUGGACCUCAUUAGAGGAUUGUGCGAAGUCCAAGAUCAACCACUUGGCGCGCUCAACCAUGCCAAAGAAGAAUUAUCAACCUUGAUAAAGGCCACGACUUCAUUUCCAGUCAGUUUUGACAGAGUAACCGAAGUUCUCGUUGGGAACAUCCACACUCUGUUGUCCGGUCUCGUGUCUGUGCACCGGGAUUUCCUUACAGAAGAGGUUAGAGAGUGUCUUGUUGCCUUCGAUUCAGUGGAUCUGGCUAGCCUUGCUAGUCUCUCCCAGACGAAUCCUGUUGUUCUGGACGGACAGGACAGGGCAUAUUUCCGAGACGUUUUCCAUCUCUACCUCCUGCCGGUUGUACAAAUUCUGGCUGGUCGCCGUCCGGUCUCCAUAGACGACAUCAAAACAUGUCUGAUCAAGUUAUCGCUGGCUGGUUUAAUUCUGAUGGUACCAGAUAAAGCAUUCGAUCCAGCCGUCCUCCCACACAUUGCAUAUGGCCAGCAACAAAGGAGGAUCAACGAGCUGCACCGCAGGAUAAAUGGCCAAAAAGUAUUCCACCGGCUUGUCCUGGGCCAGGAAACCAGUCUGGUCAUUCGAAUCUUAGAACAGGAGGCGCACGACCUAGGAACUGCAGCUUCGCCUCCAACUGUGAUAAGACCAAGCCGCACUGAGCUCCCGAAACUCCAGGAAGUUUUCACCAGGAUCGCAAAUGUUGUUGCCCCAGUCCAUUCUGUCGACUCUCCUCAACCAGGUACAUCGGAAUGGAUGGCUCAGUGGUCCAGCGCCCAUGGCAAGAAAAAUCUGGCAGUUAUUAUCGAGCGCCUUGAGCACUCAAACCGCGCUUACGAUGAUUUCGUGAAACCCAUUGAGUGGUUCUUGAAAACUCUAUCUCUUGCAUUAGAGCUGCAGUCGGCAACGGCUGUUUCAAGUCCCAGUGAAGGCCCGAUACAGGUCGUUAUCAGACACACCCCGUUGCUGGGCGCCUCUCCCGAAGAUCUCUUGGCUUGGGACGCUCCCCUCGUGGCACAACGUAAACUCCAGCUGCUCUGGUUAAAAUACGCCGGGGUGGCCACGAACCUGUUCGCAAAGCAUGCCUUUCCAGAAUCUCACGGCUUGCUAAGUCUACUGAAUCAGUUUUACACAGACUGGAAAGCUUACCUCACCAGUGGUCAAGCUGAAUCUGCUAUCCGCUCUCGAUAUUAUACCUACCGCGGUGGUGGGGAGAAGGAGGAAGAGAAUGAGCUUCACGAGAUGAACGACAUGUUUCCGCAGUUCGAUCAUUUGGAAACAAAGACCACUGACGAUUCUCAAUCGUAUGAUGCGCGCACGAUUGCCGUGCAGCUGGCUGGUGCACAUGAACAGAUUUACGGUGUCGACGAUCCCUCAAAAGCUCUAGAGAAUUACAUCCUAGGGGCAAUGAGAGUUAUCCCCGAGAUACAGGCUGGCGAGCGUGAGGACGCCGCAGCAGGAUUUACCGACUUAUUGCCCGGAAUUCUCUUGCAGAUGAAAUCCGAGCUUACGGGACUCAACACCCGCCGAUCGGACGCCCGAUUCAACAUAUACACAGACUGCGAUGUGAUCGAGACACAAAAACUCUUGGACCUGGUCCGUCACGUCGAAGCAAGGUUUCAAAAGAUUUCCGAGAGAUGGCCGGAGCAUGCUGUGCCGGCAGAGGUUCUGUCUUUCUGCAGAGAGAUCUGGCAUUUGAGCAUGAAAGACCCGGUUGCUAAGCUGCUGACGAAGACUGAAAAGCUUUAUGAAAUGGUGUCACAAUGGCAGAGUGUGGCCAGCCGUGAGUGGUCCGUCAGCUCCCUUAUCGAGCAGCUCUCCAGCCUGGUCAUCAGCUGGCGACGCUUGGAACUGCUUUCCUGGUCCAGGCUUCUGGACGACGAACAAAUUCGACAUGAGGCAGAUGCAAAAGCAUGGUAUUUUGUGGCGUAUGAAGCAGUGGUCUACAACGCAACGAGGCUGGCCGGCGACAAUGAAGAACUUCAAGCUUACUGCACGUCGCUCGCUCGAACCUUGGAAGAGUUCCUCAAGACGACGACUCUAGGUCAAUAUUCGUCAAGGUUAAGACUGCUUUCGACACUCAAAACUUUACUAAUCAACAUAACACGCCAUGAAAAACAGUUGCUGCCAGUUCGGAAUUGUGUGGCCAAUGUCAUUCAACAUUAUCGGAGAUACGAAUCAAAUGUUGCCGCCUCCCUUCGAAAUGGCCGUGCCGACCUUGAGAAGUCCUUGAACGAGCAAAUCAAGUUGGCCAGUUGGAAAGAUACCAAUGUCACCGCUCUCCGUGACAGUGCUCGACGGUCCCAUCACAAGCUGUUCAAGAUCGUCAGAAAGUACCGCGACUUUUUGAAUCAAAUUGUGACCGUGUUCAAGACAGCUGAAGAUGCAAACUCUGUACAAAGCACAGAAGAAACUUUGGGGACGGUAAGUGAGCCUUUCGUCGACAAGACAGCAGUCAUUUCGGCGCAAAAACAAUGUCGAGAGCUAGUUGCAGGGUGGGAAAGUCGACCAGAACGAUUGGUCAACCCACUAGGAGCCGUUGAGAGCAUGCGUCGACUCUAUUCAAGCAGCUGUGCCAAAUUGCAACCCCACCUUGAGCUGGCGUCGUUCCGCGAGGAUCUGCUCAAUGCGAUCAAAGAGUUGAGGGCACAGACACCAUCCGCACUAACAGAUGAGAACGCUGCUUUUGUCCGGCAUCUGCAGGAGAGAAAGCGACGCCUUCUUACAGAGACCCUCAAGGCAGUCAGCAAGAUGGGUAUCAGGAGAAAUCUGCCAACCUCUGAGCUCGAAAAGCAGUCUUCAAUGGCGAGUGUACUCUCUUCGUCGCCGGAUCUUUUGGUGGACAAUGCAUCCCAAGAUGUGUCUGCGGCCGACAACUCGUUUCACGAUCUACUUGACGCGAUGUCCGAGGUCCGCGCUGCCAGGGUUGCCCAUUCCGAUGACCUCACCGAAGGCGAAAUCAAUCGCAGUGUAGGUUUAUUGGAAGGCUUGCUAUAUCUCACUAUACGGCAACGCCAGGACAUUGCCUCUUCAAGCCAGGAGUUGAGGGAGUUGAACGAUCAAGUUUCAACGCUUCGUUCCUUCCAGACAUGGUCGCCUGAUAAGCUGAGUGUGACCACAACUUCAGCAGAAAGCGAACAACUUCGCUUCCGUCUUGCAUGGCUUGGUGAGAUCUUGACUCUGGCUGUCCGACUCCUGGACUUUCAAGCACAAAGUGCUGGGUUUGAGGUCAAAGAGUUGAUCGAGUCGAUAAAUUCCUACAGCGGCCAAGUAAGAGAGAUAAGGAGCAAACUUGAUGAUUUGCCCUUGAUGCCCGUAGGACUGCAGACGAAGGAUGAAUACUCCUUAGUGGAACAGACAUCAGAAACCCUCUCGAAGCUCGGCUUGACCCUGAGGGAGUGGAAAAUCAAGGAGCCUCGGGUUGAAUUCAUUCUCAGGCAAAUCAUUCCCUGGGUUGAGCAUUUGCCGACAGCUCAGAGCAAGACCACCAAUGGCGUGGUCGAUAUGGGUGUGGAAUCAUUCGAUGAUGACCUCCGAAACCUGCUUGAUCAAGUGUUCGUGGCGUUGCAAAGAUUGUCCUCUUCUCAGCACGACCUACCGCAAACAGUCGAGGACCAGAGCUGGCUUUCAAAACUCGACGGGCAUUUUGCACGAGCCGUGCGAUCCCUGCAGCCACGGACAAUUAGCACUGGCCUUGCCGAAUUACUUGCAAAAGUCCACUCGUGCAACCCACGCGGUCUUGUCACAAUCAGCAACUUAGUACGUGUGGCAUUGCCCAUCAUUGAACAGUAUUAUCACAUUCUGGAGCAUCUCCACCGGCAGCAAGCGGCUCUCCAUCUUGAAACGAGUCAGCUAGCCCUGCAACUGGCUCGGUCUUUUACCACACUCGCCAGCCAGGGCUUCUGUCGACCUUCGGAGCCUAGCGAAGGGGAAGAGAAGUCUGGAAAGCUCGAGAGCGGAACCGGUCUCGGUGAGGGAGAAGGUGCCGAAGACAUCAGUAAGGAUGUUGGAGAUGACGAGGACCUCUCUGAGCUAGCCCAGUCAGGUCAAAAAGAGGAGCCAGACAAUGAGAUUGAGGAUGCUGAAGAUGCCAUCGACAUGGGUCACGACGAUCUUGCUGGUGACACAGGAGAUCAAGGUGAGCAGGAGUCGGGCCAAGACAAGGACGGAGAUGGCUCGGACGAGGAAGGAGACGACGAGAUUGAUGAGGAGACCGGCUCAGUCGACGACCUCGAUCCCUCAGCUGUGGACGAAAAGAUGUGGGAUGAUAUGAAGAACGAAUCCGAGAAAGAUAAGGAGCUGAAAAAUGACAAGGCAGAGGGCAAGAAAUCGGACGAUCAGACAGCAGCUGAUGGACAGCAGCCAGAAGGGGAGGAUAUGGACGGGUUGGAGGGUGACGAAGUCGAGGAGGAAGGACCCGAUGAGACUGACGGCGGGGAACGACCUGAGGCUGAAAACAUGGAUCCACAUUUGGACAAUGAGAAGGCAUUAGAGCUUCCCGAGGAGCUUCAGUUGAACGGGGAAGAUGAGAUGAAAGAGGAUGACAUCUCGGAUGACGGCAUGGAUGAGCUUUCUGCUAUUGAUGAAGCGGCCAAGGAAGAGGUCGAUGGCGUGGAAAAGGAUGACGGCACAAUGUCAGAGGAGUCUAGGGAUGAGGCUGACCUCCCUGAAGAGGUGACGUCCGACCAGGAAGAACUCGACGGGGGUACGGCUCAAGAUGACGAGAUCGUGGAAGAUCAGCUUUCUGACAAAGAGGACGAAGAGCAAUCCAAACAUGACACCCGUCAGGACGACGAAGCGCACGAUAUGGACGAACCCACUGGUGGUGAAACCGGAGCCGCCAACGAGAUCCAGGACUCUGUGGAUCCGGACCAGAACCUGCAAGGGAUGAAUCCAUCCGACAAAGAGCCAGAUCCGCAGCAGUCACGGCCGGGAAAGGCUCCUGAGAACCAAGAGCAGGGCGAGACAGGCACUGGUGCCGUUGAACAGGGGUCGGGCCGAGCGGAUACGCUCGAGCGCCAGCAGAACGAAGGUCUGCGGAAGCUAGCCGAUGUACUGGACCAAUAUCAUCAGAAGCGCGAAAUCCUGCCUGCAUCUGACGAGCAUCAAGAAGCAGACGGAGAUAAUGAUGUUGACAUGGCUGAUGUUGAUUUUGAGCACGUUCAAGACGAGGCUGAAAGAGAUGCACAGGCUUUGGGCGCCGCUGCCGGCGACGAGGCUCAAAACCUUGACCAGAGCAGAGCUAUUGAAGACGAAGACGUGCCCAUUAACGAAGACACCGAGCUUCCCGACGUUCCAGAGACGGAAGCACCAGAUAACAUGGCUGAACGGCUCCAUCGUCUGCAGGCGCAGCCAAAGACACAAGAGUCAACAGGCGCCGGCGGGUUCAUUCCCGGCCAGGAAACCCGCCGCAAUGAGCAAGACAAUCCGGCAACAGAGGCAGACGCUGCCUCGGACGAUCUAGCCCCAGAAAUUGAACACCUGGACCUGCAGCCGAACGAACCUACCGAGACGUCGCCUCCGACCAGCACGUCCGACGCGGUACAGCUAUGGAACCACUGUUCAGCCGUCACGCAUCAAUUUUCACUCGUCCUGACCGAGCAGCUCCGGCUGAUCCUGUCGCCGACAACGGCCACGAAGCUCCGGGGCGACUACCGCACAGGCAAGCGGCUCAACAUCAAGCGCAUCAUCCCGUACAUAGCGUCCAACUACAAGCGGGACAAGAUCUGGAUGCGACGCUCCGUGCCGAGCAAGCGGAACUACCAAAUCAUGAUUGCCGUAGACGACAGCAAAUCGAUGAGCGAGUCCGGGGCGGACCUGCUGGCGUUCGAGACGCUGGCCAUGCUGACCAAGUCCCUGUCGAUGCUGGAGGUAGGGGAGUUGUGCGUGGUCGGUUUCGGCGACCAGGAAAAUAUCACUGUUGCGCACCCGUUCGGCACGCCCUUCUCGCCCUCCGAGUCCGGACCCAAUGUCUUCCGCGCCUUCAGCUUCGCCCAGCGCGGCACCAACGUCCGCAACCUGGUGCGCCAGAGUAUCCAGCUGUUCCGCGACGCCCGUCUUAAGGGUCACUCGGCGUCCGAGGACCUCUGGCAGUUGCAGCUCGUCGUCAGUGACGGCCACUGCUCGGACCACGAGGCCAUCGCCCGCCUCGUCCGCCAGGCCCAGGCCGAGAAAAUCGUCAUCGUCUUUGUCAUUGUCGAUGCCGGCCCAGAGAGCAUCCUGGAUCUCAAAGAGGCCGUCUUCGAGCCCGAUCCGAACUCCGCAGCCGGUGCUGAUGGUGGUCCUGUUGAAAUGAGGGUCCGCACAAAGAGGUACCUCGAGGAUUUCCCUUUCCCUUAUUAUCUGGUCGUCAGAGACGUGAGAGACUUGCCUGGUGUGCUGGCAACGGCGCUGAAGGGCUGGUUUGGAAGUGUCAUCGAUGUGCAGGGUUAA